CGCUUUUAUUGUGAAGGAUUCUGCCUGCCUGGACCUGCUGCGGCUAGCGGAAGUGGAGCUUCUGCUAAGCACAACACAGCAUUAACUGAAAAGAGAGGCUAUGCACAACACACAAUUUGUAGCUGAUUAGGGAGGUCAGUGAUACCAUGUGGAAGUCACAUGAGCGACGAGGAUGAGGCAGAAGCAACAAGGGGGCAGCUUGAGGAGUGAUCCGCUGCACAGUGACUGCAACAGGGAGGGUGUCUGCUGCUCGUAAAGGCCUUGCACAAGCAGCCCCCUGUGUCCCCUUAUCGCUUAACAUUUACAAUGAACAGUACUACUCAGUCCCCUGCCACCAUAGAUGGGAAUGUGGCUGUCAGCUAUGUGCUGGUGCCAUUUUUCCUCAUAACCUUUGCUGGGAUAAUUGCCGCUGUGAUAAUGUAUAUUCGCAGGAAAAGGAGAGUUGACAGACUGCGUCAUCAGCUAUUACCAGUGUACACGUAUGAUCCUUCAGAGGAGAUUAAUGAAGCCGAACAAGAAAUGUUGUGGAAAGAAGAGGACACAAGGAUUGUACAAAGUUGGGCGUCAAGUUAUCAACAGCAACACCCUCUUCUGACCAAAGACGUCAAUGCAUGAUGUUGGUAAACCCUGACAUUGAGCACUGUGGGGUGUGACGACAAACCUGCAACCACAGAGAUCAGUAAUUUUUAUCGUGAUGUACAAACAAUCGUGUACAAUACUUCUUAGCUUUUAUUUGCUUCCUUUUACUGUCGUCUCUGAGCACAUCGGUGACGAUGAGCAUUUUCCUGUGUUCUCUUUUAUGUACACUUUGACGUUGAACUUCUGAUGCCGAUCCUGUGUGCCUAACAGUCUCAGUACCUUAAGAUUAUUUAUUUGAAAUUAUUUAUUUAAACCUGUUUUUAUUGAAAAAUUCAGUGACAUGACUCAAAGUUUCAAAGGUACAGCUACCUGUAGAUUUUUAAUCUGUUGUUUACAUUUGCUAUGUUGUUGUGGGCGACGUGUGGCAAGCUGUUAUGUUCCUGUGGGUUGCAGUGAGCAUU